GGCGCGGGGGCGGCCAGCCGCCAGGCCGCGCCACAGACACGGCCCCGCGGCGCCCGGGCUCAGACGCCCGCCGAGCGACGACAGCGCGCGGAGCCGGGGCGCCGGGCCAUGCUCGGCGCGGGAGGUGGCCGGCGUGGGCUCUCGGCGCGGGCGCAGCGCCCCUUCCCCGCGGAUCCUCCGGUGGACAUGGGUGGGGCCCUGGGGCCGGCCCUGCUGCUCACCUCACUCCUUGGUGCCUGGGCAGAGCUGGGCCCUGGGCAGGGCGAGCAGGCUUUGACGGUGGCCGUGGUGUUUGGCAGCUCGGGGCUGCCACAGGCCCAGGCCCGUAUCCGCCUCACCCCUCAGAGCUUCCUGGACCUGCCGCUGGAGAUCCAGCCACUCACUGUGGGGGUCAACAAUACCAACCCCAGCAGUCUCCUCACCCAGAUCUGCGGGGUUCUGGGUGCCACCAGCGUCCAUGGCAUCGUCUUUGAGGACAACGUGGGCACCGAGGCCGUGGCCCAGAUCCUGGACUUCAUCUCCUCCCAGACUCACGUGCCAAUCCUCAGCAUCAGUGGGGGCUCUGCUGUGGUCCUCACUCCCAAGGUCCUGCGCGCCAUCCCCGGAGAUUCUGAUCCAGUAUGCAACGCGCCCGGGAAUUUGCAAUCCAACAAGUUCCCAGGGGACGCUGAUGCUGCGGCUGGUCGUCUGUCCAGCACCGGCCGGAUUGGGCGCCAGGACCCGGGCUCCGCCUUCCUGCAGCUGGGCGUGUCCCUGGAGCAGCAGCUGCAGGUGCUGUUCAAGGUGCUGGAGGAGUACGACUGGAGCGCUUUCGCGGUGAUCACCAGCCUGCACCCGGGCCACGCGCUCUUCCUCGAGGGUGUGCGCGCCGUCGCCGAGGCCAGCUACCUGGGCUGGCAGCUGCUGGACGUGCUCACGUUGGAGUUGGGCCCCGGCGGGCCGCGCGCGCGCACCCAGCGCCUGCUGCGCCAGCUCGACGCCCCGGUGCUGGUGGCCUACUGCUCUCGCGAGGAGGCUGAGGUGCUCUUCACAGAGGCGGCACAGGCCGGCUUGGUGGGGCCUGGGCAUGUAUGGCUGGUGCCGAGCCUGGCGCUGGGCAGCACCGACGCUCCCCCCGCCGUCUUCCCCGUGGGCCUCAUAAGCGUCGUCACUGAGAGCUGGCGCCUCAGCUUGCGUCAGAAGGUCCGCGAUGGUGUGGCCAUCCUGGCCCUGGGUGCCCACGGCUACCGGCGCUGGCACAGCACCCUGCCUGACCCCGCUGGUGACUGCCGUGGCCACCCCGGGCCCAUCAGUCCUGCCCGAGUGGCCUUCUACAGGCACCUACUGAAUAUCACCUGGGAGGGCCGCGACUUCUCCUUCAGCCCUGGUGGGUACCUGGUCCAGCCCACCAUGGUUGUGAUCGCCCUUAACCGACACCGCCUCUGGGAGAUGGUGGGGCGGUGGGCCCAUGGUGUCCUCCACAUGAAGUACCCAGUGUGGCCUCGCUACAGUGCCUCCCUGCAGCCCGUAGUGGACAGCCGGCACCUGACCGUGGCCACACUAGAAGAGCGGCCCUUUGUCAUUGUGGAGAGCCCUGCCCCUGGCACGGGUGGCUGUGUGCCCAACACUGUGCCCUGCCGCAGGCAGAGCAACCACACCUUCAGCAGUGGUGACGCAGCCCCCUACACCAAGCUUUGCUGCAAGGGCUUCUGCAUCGACAUCCUCAAGAAGCUGGCCAAGGUGGUCAAGUUCUCAUAUGACCUGUACCUGGUAACCAAUGGCAAGCAUGGCAAGAGGGUGCGCGGCGUGUGGAAUGGCAUGAUUGGGGAGGUGUACUACAAGCGGGCAGACAUGGCCAUCGGCUCCCUCACCAUCAACGAGGAGCGCUCCGAGGUCGUGGACUUCUCUGUCCCCUUUGUGGAGACCGGCAUCAGCGUGAUGGUGGCUCGAAGCAAUGGCACUGUCUCCCCCUCGGCCUUCCUGGAGCCCUACAGCCCCUCAGUGUGGGUGAUGAUGUUCGUCAUGUGUCUUACUGUGGUGGCCAUCACGGUCUUCAUGUUUGAGUACUUCAGCCCUGUCAGCUACAACAAGAACCUCACCAGUGGCAAAAAGUCUGGAGGCCCGUCCUUCACCAUCGGCAAGUCUGUGUGGCUGCUGUGGGCACUGGUCUUCAACAACUCGGUGCCCAUCGAGAACCCCCGAGGCACCACCAGCAAGAUCAUGGUCCUGGUCUGGGCCUUCUUUGCCGUCAUCUUCCUUGCCAGUUACACUGCCAACUUGGCCGCCUUCAUGAUCCAGGAACAGUACAUCGACACUGUGUCUGGCCUCAGUGACAAGAAGUUUCAGCGGCCUCAAGAUCAGUACCCACCCUUCCGCUUUGGCACAGUACCCAACGGCAGCACGGAGCGGAACAUCCGCAGCAACUACCGUGAUAUGCACACCCACAUGGUCAAGUUCAACCAGCGCUCGGUGGAGGAUGCACUCACUAGCCUCAAGAUGGGGAAGUUGGAUGCCUUCAUCUACGAUGCUGCUGUCCUCAACUACAUGGCGGGCAAGGAUGAGGGCUGCAAGCUGGUCACCAUUGGUUCCGGCAAGGUCUUUGCCACCACUGGCUACGGCAUUGCCAUGCAGAAGGACUCCCACUGGAAGCGGGCCAUAGAUCUGGCACUCCUGCAGUUUCUGGGGGACGGGGAGACACAGAAGCUGGAGACCGUGUGGCUCUCGGGAAUCUGCCAGAAUGAGAAGAACGAGGUGAUGAGCAGCAAGCUUGACAUCGACAACAUGGCCGGUGUCUUCUACAUGCUGCUCGUGGCCAUGGGGCUGGCCCUACUGGUCUUUGCCUGGGAGCAUCUGGUCUACUGGAAGCUGCGUCACUCAGUGCCAAACACAUCCCGGCUGGACUUCCUGCUGGCCUUCAGCAGGGGCAUAUACAGCUGCUUCGGCGGGGUGCAGAACCUGGCCAGCCCCGCGCGGCCGCCCAGCCCGGACCUCACGGCCAGUUCAGCCCAGGCCAGCGUGCUUAAAAUGUUGCAGGCGGCGCGCGACAUGGUGACCACGGCGGGCGUGAGCAGCUCCCUGGACCGCGCCACGCGCACCAUUGAGAGCUGGGGCGGCAGCCGCCGCGCGGCCCCGCCGCCUGCCUGCCCCGGCCCGCGGCCGCCCACACCUGCCCCGGUCCCCGAGCUGCGCCCCAACGGCUGGGGACCGCCAGGCGGGGGCCGCGCCGCCCCGGGGUGCAGGGUCCCGAAGUCCCCGGGUCGCCCCCCGACGUUCGGGCUGCCCCUGCCCGAAGUCUCCCGGGUGUGGGACCGGCCAGCCUGGGAGGCGCCGGCGCAGGGUGGGUGCGGGGGGCGGCACCUCUGGGCGUCCGAGCGGCGCGCGGUCCCAGCGCGCCCCCUGUCUCCCGAGCCCUGCCAGUACAGCUCUUUCCUUCGAGCCGACCGCCCCGGGCGCCCCUUCCUCCCGCUCUUCCCGGAGCCCCCGGAGCCCGAGGACCUGCCGCUGCUCGAGCCGGAGCAGCUGGCCCGGCGGGAGGCCCUGCUGCGUGCGGCCUGGGCCCGGGGCCCACGCCCACGCCACGCUUCCCUGCCCAGCUCGGUGGCUGAAGCCUUCACCCGGCCCUGCCCGCCGCCCGCCGGGUGUGCGCUCCCGGCCUGUGGGCGCUUGGCGCCCGCGCAGUCGAUGCGGCUGCCCUCCUACCGGGAGGCCUGCGGGGGGUCCGUGUGGGCAGGGGCCCCCACCUGGCCGCACAGACAGCACGCCUGCCUUCACGCCCAUGCCCACCUGCCGCUCUGCUGGGAGGCUGUAUGCCCUCACCUCCCGCGCUAUGCCAGCCACGGACCCUGGCUCCCUGGGGCGUGGGGACCUCCGGGGCACAGAGGCAGGACCCUGGGGGAGCUGGCAGACUUCAGCAGGGUGGUCUGUGAGAGGCAUGGCUUCCCCAGACCUUGCACCUGGCGGAGGAUCUCCAGCUUGGAGUCAGAAGUAUGAGGUGUCCACUCCAGUGGUUCCUGGGCAGCUGGAUUAUCCACCUGGCACUGCCAGGGUUAGGGGGCAGGCAGGCUUGGCCUUUUUUGGCUUCUGCCAUGAAAUCCUGGCCAUGGGCACCCAGUGGCAGGUGAUGUUGCCCACGGUCGGUUCAGUGACCUCAGCAGUGUCAGGUCCUGGUUUGGGCUGGGCUCUUGCUGCCUUCUUAUGCAGAGCCCUGCCCACCUGGCCUGGAGUCACGGAGAGCAGGGGGACUCCUGUCAAGGCUGCUGGGGACCUGGUGUGAGAGCAUGGAGGCUGGAACUCAGUGUUGGGGCAAAGCUGUCCUGCUCCUUGCUCUGCCCUCUGGAGUUUCUUCUCCCCAGAGCACCGAACAUUAAACAGACCUUUUCCAACCCACUG